AGAAUGUAGCUAAGAAUCUGUCAAUUGUCAUUACCUUCCAUAUUCCAUAAACUUGAAAGUUUAUGCUUAAGAUUUAUAAAUUUAUUUCAAAAGGUAUUUUUGUGUUAGUACAAGCUAAAGCAAUUCAUUAUAAAUUAAUCCUUCUCUUAGAGACAACCGACGUUCCUUAUUUGAUAACUCAUUAAGUCUCAAUUGUGAUACUAUUGACAUUACUAUAAACCGGUAUAAAACAGUUCGUGUCUUUUCGACUUAUGUGUUGUCAAUACUGAAGAUCUUAUAAUUCAUUGGGUUGGACAUAAGUCUUAAAUGAAUAGUGAAAAGAGGAAUGCCCGCGGCCGUGGUCGUGGUCGCGGCCGGGGAAGAGGUCGUGGCCGUGGACGAGGAAGAGGGAAAAAGGUGCCAAAAGUUAUGUCGUCUGAUGAAGAAGACUGCUCCAUGGAAGAAACUGCUCAAGACCAAGAAGAACCACCACCUGAAGAAAGUAAAGAUAACGAAGAAAAUGAACCUGCUAAAUUGGAGGUGCCCUCAGACAUAUCACAGUUGGAAGCGCCGGUGUUCACUACAAUACAGCGCGGACCACCAGAGCCUAUGUUGCGACUGGAAUGGAAUCAUAGAGCAAAUCUCAUUGGGGAGAAAGUUUUAAAUCCUAUGAUAUACUGUUGUGAUACAUGCUCAAAACCUAUUCUGAUUUAUGGACGAAUGAUACCAUGUAAGCAUGUUUUUUGCUUAUCCUGUGCCAGAGCAGAACACACUCAUUGUCCUCGCUGUAAAGAAAAGGUUUUAAGAGUUGAACAGACUGGUUUGGGAACAGUGUUUAUGUGUACUCAUUCUGGAUCAAGAUAUGGCAACACUGGAUGUAGAAGAACAUAUUUGUCCCAGAGAGAUCUACAGGCCCAUAUAAACCACCGGCAUGUAUCAAGUGGUGGUGAUGCCAAGCCAGAACCAGAACCUCCUGUUACUAUUGUAAAACCUUUAUCGGUGCCGAGUAAAGCGGGAGAUCCUAGAGCCCAUACCACUGCGCAUACGCACACAGAACGACCAAGAGCGUCUCGUGCUAAUCUUAUAGCAGUUCCAAUACAUGAUCAUACUGAACAUACAUACUAUCCAUAUUAUCAACCGAGUCCCCAGCCGGUCCCAGCUCCGGCAGUGCCAGUGUCGACUGUGCCUGUUUUAGCUCAUAACAUGGCUGUUCCACCUCCAUACUAUCCCGCUGCGUAUACUGCGCCUGCGACAUACGUUGGACCUGGAACAACCAUGAGUGCUAAUGUAACACCACCCAUGGGAACUCCAGUACCAUUACCACCCAGUACUCUUGGAGACACAACAAGAUGGCCAGAGACUUAUCAGCCGCCCACACAACAGUGGCCUCAAAAUCACUAUUACAGAUAGCAUGAAAUAUGCAUGCAUGUCUUUUAGCAGAAUAUAAAUUUCUGCAAUUUUUGGUAAAGACCAGUUUUCAAUGUAUAUAAAAAUAAAAUUGCAUAAGGAAAUAUAACUGUUACAGUAACUAAUUGAAAUAGAAGUGUAUAAAUAUAAAUUGCUCUAAGACCUAAUUGUAAGAAACAGAUCAAUAAUUAUUUAUUGACAACCUUCAUUCGGAAUUUAAAUGACAAACUACACGAAAUAAAACAAAAAAAAAAUCAAUAAUUAGUUAUUUAUUU